AUGGGUUGUAGCUCUAGUUUUCCUACUUCACCAUCAGUUACUCAUCAAGUGCUGAAAACUGCUCAAGUUACCAUUGGAAAAAAUAUCCAGAUAAGGUCACAGAAAGCCAAGAUAUUUUUCCUAUUCGGCGGUCCAGGAUCUUGUAAGGGUCGAAUUGUCCAUGAUAUUAUAUCUGUAUUUCGUUUUAAACUCAUUUCCGCGGAAGAGUUACUUAUUAAAUCUUUGCCUAGAAAAUUAGCCAAUGUCGUAUCUUUAGACGAUAUCAACGAUAUUAUGCAAAUCAUUCGCACAGAACCCAAACAUAUUACGUUAAGUUGGGUCUUUUCACUUAUUAUUCGAGAAAUUGAAAGUUUACUAACAAGUAGUGAUUGCUUCCUCGUUGACGUUAUUCCCAACAUGAGAUUUCUAUUGCGUCAUCAAGAAUUUGUUAAAGAUUGCCGACAAGAAAUGGAAGAAUUCGAAAAACAAUGGCCGAUUGUUUGCGGUAUCUCAUUAAAUAUAACUCAAAAUGCCAUUAAGACCAGAGAUAACCGCGCAAAGGGUGCUACAUCAGUAGCGUUAUCACAAAGUGAUGAAGCUGAUAUGAGUAAAACACAACGUCGACUAGCACUGUAUCAAGGAUGCGUAAAGAAUUUUGUAAAUUACUUUAAAUCUACUGAACGUUUGAUUACUUUUGACGUAUCUGGUAAAGAUCAAGAGGCAACUUGGAAUCAAGUUUCUAACUUCUUUACCAAGAAUUUAGAUUUUGAUCCCAUGAAGCAUAGCUAUAUUGUUAUGUUCUUUUGCUUUAGUAUCGAUGAUCUUCGAAUUUUAAACAACACGAGUUCUGAUUCUAACGUUGAUGUCGUUAAGUUCUCCGAUGUUAUCAACGCAGAUAGCAUGCAAAUUGACCAGCAACUGAAGAAUUUAUAUCAUCACAUCCUUCAACGCGCACUACAUCGUCGUUACUUUAUUGUUGAUCUAACUGAUAGCACGAUAAAGUCCAGUGGUAUGAACGAGUUUCCAGGAUCUGCCAUCAUGUUUAUAGAUUCAUUGAAAGAAUUUAGUAAAGACAAUAUAAUCGAGAGAAGGAAUGGCAUGUCUAACAUGGAUCUGACAAAUUUUAAAGCUUUUUACUUAACGAACAACGAAAUAUUGUUCUUUCCACGAGCGAUAGAUUCAGAAGCCUGUCGUAGGAUUGCUCUUUGUAUGAAGAAAUGA